AUGAAAGCUCUUCGAAGAAUCCAAACGAGGCAUCGACUCAAGUCACCUUGGUCUCGGAGAAAACGGAAAAAACCACUCACACUUCGCCGGUGGAAAAGGUUUUUCACCCCUGAGGGUAGGCUUCGGAAUGGGGGAGUUGGUCUGUUGAAGAAAGUCCGGAGUAGAGGCAUUGAUCCUAGCAUUCGGUCGGAGGUGUGGCCAUUUCUUCUUGGAGUGUGUGAUUUGAAUAGUUCCAAAGAAGAGAGAGGUGCUACAAGAAUUUGGAGAAGGAAAGUGUAUGAGAGACUACGCAGGCAGUGUAAAAGGCUUCAAAGACGAAACAGUUCGUAUUCUCUUGCGCAAGACACUGACAGUUCGUGUUCUGAUGAUGCUUUCAGCACUCACGAGUCUCUCUCUAGCGACAAAGACAUCACAGAAGAUAUUGGGAACAUGAGUGAGGCCUCGUGUACGCUUGACGGGGACUACUCUGGUUCAAGAGGCUUGAAUUCUGAGUCUGAGGACUCAGAUUCGUCGGAUGAGAAUGAUUCUGUUCAGCUAGUUCCUUCUUCUGAAAGGAGAGAUGAGGAUAGUACUUCUCCAUCCAGCAUAUAUAUCUCCCGUACCAAAGAGGAUUUUGUGACAUGGCAGCGUAUUAUCCGUCUAGACGCUGUCCGCGCGGAUACAGAGUGGACCCCUUAUUCCCCAUCCCAAUCUAUGGUAACAGAGGACAAGGCACGUCGGGCUGCAGAAGCGGUUGUUUUAAAGGAUUACAGUCAUUUGGAACCUUCGAAAAUCUUUCACGCUGCUCGGCUUGUUGCUGUUCUUGAAGCAUAUGCUUUACAUGACCCUGAAAUCGGCUAUUGCCAAGGAAUGAGCGAUCUUCUCUCCCCAAUACUCUCUGUUAUACCUGAUGACUACGAGGCGUUUUGGUGUUUCGUUGGGUUCAUGAAGAAAGCUCGUCAGAAUUUCAGCCUUGAUGAGGUUGGGAUCACAAGGCAACUGAACAUAGUCUCAAAGAUUAUCAAAUCCAAAGACUCGCAGCUCUACAAGCAUCUUGAGAAAGUCAAGGCGGAAGACUAUUUCUUUGUUUACAGAAUGGUUCUUGUGAUGUUUAGAAGGGAGCUGACUUUGGAGCAGACAUUGUGUCUUUGGGAAGCUAUGUGGGCAGACCAGGCUGCAAUAAGAGCUGGGAUUGGGAAAUCUUCUUGGAGCCGUCGAAUAAAACAUCGAGCUCCUCCUACAGACGAUUUGUUGCUUUAUGCGAUAGCGGCUUCGGUUUUGCAGAGGAGGAAACUCAUAAUAGAGAAGUACAAUAGCAUGGAGGAGAUUCUGAGGGAAUGCCAUAGUAUGGUAGGGAAACUAGACGUGUGGAAGCUCUUAGACGAUGCACAUGACCUUAUUGUUACCCUCCACACCAAGAUUGAACACGCAAUCCCAUAA